CUCUCUCUCUCUCUCUCUCUGUACCAUAUAUAACUCCUCGUUCGUUCUCCUACAUUUGCACGGUCUUUCUCCCUCAUCCGUGGCAUGCUUUCGCUCUCUUUCCUUUCUUUGCCCUCUCUCUAAAAUCUCUAUCUAGAGUUGUUCGAAUGUCGUCGUCGCCCAUGGCCUCCGAGGAGCGAAGGGACGAACCGGCGAAAGAAUGCGUUCACAAGACGAAGGUAAUACAGUUCUUGGGACGCACCACGCCUAUCAUCCUUCAGAACGACAAUGGCCCUUGCCCUCUCCUCGCUAUCUGCAACGUUCUUCUGUUAAAGAACAACUUGAAUUUGAGCCCCGACAUAGCUGAGGUUUCACAGGAGAAGUUGCUUUCGCUGGUUGCUGAACGGCUGAUUGAUUCAAACAGUAAUAUCGAUAAUAAAGAUGUAGGCUACCUUGAAAACCAACAACAAAACAUAGCAGAUGCAAUUGAUUUGCUUCCACGACUUGCCACAGGGAUUGAUGUAAAUAUAAAAUUCAGGAGAAUUGAUGAUUUUGAAUUUACUCGAGAGUGUGCAAUAUUUGAUCUUCUGGACAUUCCACUAUAUCAUGGUUGGAUAGUUGAUCCACAGGAUUUUGACACAGCUGAUGCAAUUGGCUCAAAGUCCUACAAUGCUCUUAUGGGGGAGCUUGUUGCACUAGAAACACAGAAUAUGGAGGAUGAGCACAAGAAUAAUCUCGAAGAGGAGUGUAUUGAUUUUGCUGCUGCAACUACUGCAACUCUAGGAGUUCCAUCUCCGUCCCUUUCGAGGGGUAAAUCCUUUGAAGAUUCGCCACGUUCAGACUCUGAUAUUCAGAAUUUUAGAAAAGGAGACAUUGAAGAAGAAGAAGAGCUGUUGAGAGUUUUGCAAUUGUCAAAGGCUGAAAGGUCAACCCCAGAUGAUGAUUCUCUUGUAGUCAAUAGUAGUGAAGAGAAUGUGUAUGUUUGUACCAAUGAAAGUACAUCUUCCAAAACAGCCACCAUUUUAGAUCCUGUAGAUACAUUAGUGGUGCACACUAGUGUUGAGAAUCAAAUAAUUCAGCAGCAUGAACCACCCACAUUAGAUUGCAAUGCAUUUGGUAAUGACACUAGUGAUAUGCCAUCUUCUGAUAUGACUUCUAUGGAAGCAGUUUGUUCAUCAUCGAAGACUGUUGACAGCAAUGACAUUGAUCAUUCAACUGCGGAGUCUGGAGAGGGUUCAUUAAGUAAUGAUGUGGUUGUGGAGAAAAAGAUUGACACAUUUUUCCAGGAUGAAAAACAUGAAAAACACACGGAUACUCUAGAAGGGGAGGAACAAGUUCAAACUCAAUCCUCUUCUACAGUUGAUAUUUCUGAGCCAGCAGAAAAUCGAAGUGCUUGUGAUAUAGGAGAAUCUUCUAUCUUAUCUGGACCAAAUGCCGAUUCUGAUUCAUCUAGUGGCAGAAGGCAGCAGGUAGAUGCACCUGAAACUUUUUCUUCUAGUGUUGAGGGCAGUGAGCCUAUAUAUGAAGGAGAGGAAUGCAUAUUGGAUUCAGGAGCCCCUGCUUAUGAAGAUCGAGAGCCCAUGUAUGAAGGUGAGGUAGUACUUGCAAAACAAGCUGACAAAGGCUCCAUAGAUACCACUAGUUUGAGCUUGAAGGAUGAAAUUACGCCACAAGAAGGGGAACUGGUCAGGAACUUUUUGAGGAACAAUGCAAGUCAGUUGACAAUUUAUGGCCUAUUCUGCUUACAAGAUGGUCUGAAAGAACGUGAACUCUGUGUAUUUUUCCGUAAUAAUCACUUCAGCACCAUGUUUAAGUUUGAUGGUGAACUUUUUCUUUUAGCUACUGACCAAGGAUAUCUAAAUCAGCCUGAUUUGGUAUGGGAAAAACUAAAUGAGGUCAAUGGGGAUACAUUGUUUAUGACUGGUAACUUCAAGGAAUUCAAGGUAGAAAGUCAUGCCGAUGGCACAUGGGAUGAACAGAAUGCCAUGGCCAGUACUGCUGGCUAUCUUGCUAGCAUUGAUAAUUCGGCGCAAGCAGGUUCAAAUUUCAAUUCUGAUCUACAACUAGCAAUUGCACUGCAACAACAGGAAUUUGAGCAACAGCCACAGCGUCCUAUACAGCAACCAUCUUCCAGUAAUUCAAGGCUGGUGACAGGUCCCCAGGUGCCAAAAAGCAGUGGGAGUAGGACCUCAGCAUCGCCUGCCAAGCAAGAUGGCAAAACCAAAGACAAGUGUACAGUUAUGUGAAGGCAAGUUUGUUCAUUUGUUGUAAAUGGUGUGAUUUUCGGCUGUAAAUAAUAAGCCAUAUGUUACCGCGUUGGAAGCCUCCCUCCAUCAGAAUUUUUUUUUCUUUGCUUUUUUUGGGGAGGGGGGGUGUGCAUCUGACUGUCUAGUUUCAAACUUUUGGGAGAAGGUCCACAUUUCUUCAACUAGACCCCUUUUGAUUUUCGAGGGGCUCACUA